UGGAUGAGUGCGCGGCUGGCUCCGAAGAUUCCGCUACGUCGGGCCAAUGGGAGAAGGCUCAAUGGCGCGCAUGCGUCUUAGAGCCAGGUCGGUGUCCUUGAAUUCAGGGGCUCUGGCACUGCGAUCCUGAGUGAGGAGGAAGGAUGUUGGUGGCUGCGUUGGGGCUGGCUCGGGCCGGCCUGAGAGUUGCUGGGCAUCCUGCAGCGCUGUUGCAAGCUCGGUUUGAAGGAACCUCUACUGCUGAGGCUCGACCUACUGUUAGACCAAGGGAUGAAGUGACACAGAAGCAGCUGAGUGCUUUUGGAGAGUAUGUUGCUGAGAUUUUACCCAAAUACAUUCAACAAGUCCAGAUAACAUGUUUUAAUGAGCUGGAAAUCUUAAUUCAUCCAGAUGGGAUCAUUCCAGUUUUGACCUUUCUAAAAGAUCACACUAAUGCCCAGUUCAAAUCAUUAGCUGAUCUGACCGCAGUGGAUGUUCCAACUCGACAGAAUCGCUUUGAGAUUAUUUACAAUCUCCUGUCCCUACGCUUCAACUCCCGGAUUCGUGUGAAAACAUACACUGAUGAAUUGACACCUCUUGAUUCAGCAGUCCCAGUGCAUCAAGCAGCAAAUUGGUAUGAAAGAGAGGUCUGGGACAUGUUUGGAGUAUUCUUUGCUAACCACCCUGAUCUGAGGCGAAUCCUCACAGACUAUGGGUUUGAGGGCCAUCCUUUCCGGAAGGACUUCCCCCUCUCUGGAUACGUGGAGGUGAGGUAUGAUGACGAGGUGAAACGGGUAGUGGCAGAGCCUGUGGAGUUGUCUCAGGAAUUCCGCAAAUUUGAUCUGAACAGUCCUUGGGAGACUUUCCCUGCCUAUCGUCCAGCUCCAGAAACCUUGAAGAUAGAUGCAGGAGAGAAGAAAGGAGAUGUGAAAUAACAGCAGGAAGGAGAGGAGGCUGGGAACAUUCUUGUGUCACUGACUUCCUGUUCAAUCCCAGUAUUUAUAAUAAAUAUAAAUAAAACUUAAA